AGCAGCACCGAAGCCCCUCGGAGCCUCCCCCACCAUGCCCAAGGUUCGGCGGGCCCGGGGCUCCGAGACCGGAGCCGAUCGCGCGUUGCCGCUGCCCGAGCAGCUCCUGCGGGACGCGGCCCCCCGGGCACGGGCACGGCGCGGCCGGGCCGAGGAGGAGGAGGAUGAAGAGCAGGGCUGCCAAGGCUACGUGGACGCCCGGCUCUCCCGGCGCAUCCUGCAGCAGGCACGGCGGCAGCAGGAGGAGCUGGAGGCCGAGCACGGCCCCGGAGCGCCCGCAGCCCCCCGGCACAGGAACGGGGGGCUGGGUCCGGCGCUGAGCGGCUCUGGGUCCGAGGAGGAGGAGGAGGAGGAGGAUGAAGAGUGGCCCUCGCUGCAGCAGGCGGCGGCGCGGUGCGGGGAGGUGGUGGUGGACCCCGAGGAUGAGAAGGCCAUCGAGAUGUUCAUGAACAAGAACCCGCCGCUGAGGCGCACGCUGGCCGACAUCAUCAUGGAGAAGAUCACGGAGAAACAGACGGAGGUGGAGACGGCGCUCUCGGAGAUCUCGGGCUGCCCCAUGCCCCAGCUCGACCCCCGUGUCCUGGAAGUCUACAAGGGCGUCAGAGAGGUGCUGUCCAAAUACAGGAGUGGGAAACUCCCCAAGGCGUUUAAAAUCAUUCCUGCCUUGUCCAACUGGGAGCAGAUCCUCUACAUUACAGAUCCAGAGACGUGGACGGCCGCUGCCAUGUACCAAGCCACCAGGAUAUUUUCAUCCAACCUGAAGGAGAGGAUGGCCCAGAGGUUCUACAACCUGGUGCUGUUGCCGCGGGUCAGGGAUGACAUUGCUGAGUACAAGCGCCUCAACUUUCACCUCUACAUGGCUUUGAAGAAGGCUCUGUUCAAGCCGGGAGCCUGGUUCAAAGGCAUCCUCAUUCCCCUGUGCGAGUCGGGGACCUGCACGCUGCGGGAGGCCAUCAUCAUCGGCAGCAUCCUCACCAAGUGCUCCAUCCCCGUCCUCCACUCCAGCGCGGCCAUGCUGAAGAUCGCCGAGAUGCAGUACAGCGGUGCCAACAGCAUCUUCCUCCGGCUGCUCAUCGACAAGAAGUACGCGCUGCCCUUCCGCGUGGUGGAUGCCCUCGUCUUCCACUUCCUGGCCUUCCGCACCGACCAGCGCGUCCUGCCCGUGCUGUGGCACCAGUGCUUCCUGGCCUUCGCCCAGCGCUACAAGGAGGACCUGUCCUCGGAGCAGAAGGAGGCGCUGCUCGAGCUGCUCAAGUUCCACAGCCACCCGCAGAUCUCGCCGGAGAUCCGCAGGGAGCUGGUGAACUCCAAGACGCGGGACGUGGAGGGGCAGCCGCCCGCAGCCAUGGAGUGAGCAGCAAAAAAGCAGGGGAAAGCCGCAGCCUGAGCUGCUGCCGGGGCGUGCUGGAUGCAGCUGGGAGCCCGCUGGGAGUGAAGCCUCCAGGAGGCGUGCAGGACCCUCCAUCCCCGGGAUCCUGCUGCUCCAAAUGGAGCAGGCCCUGCCCACGCAGCCGGACCGCUCCCGCCGCUGCUCACCACGGGGCAGGGCAGCCCCGUGCCACCAGCACCUGGGAGAGCAGUUGGGUUUCUCCUCUUCCCGUAUCGGAAAAUAAAGCCGAAGCCAGGUCCUUCA